AGAGGAGGAAGGACCAGCUGGAGCAGGGGCACACAUGUUCUAGACUUCUGACAUGUUUCCCUUAAAGGAUUCAGAAUUAGGAGCUUUCACCUUUUUUGCUUCAGCUCUCCCAAAUGAUGUUUGUGGCAGCAAUGGUCUACCUUUGACUCCAAAUUCUAUAAAGAUCCUGGGCCGCUUUCAGAUUCUUAAGACACUUACAUAUCCCCGGCUUUGCCAGUAUGUGGAUAUUUCUCGUGGAAAACACGAGAGGCUGGUGGUUGUUGCUGAACAUUGUAGAAACAGCCUGGAAGAUUUGCUUCGAGACCGGAAACCAGUGAGUCCUUUUAGAACAUUAUGCAUCGCCUUUGAAGUGCUACAAGGCUUACAGUAUCUCAAUGAGCAUGGAAUAGUCCACCGAGCUCUCUCACCUCAUAAUAUCCUCAUGGAUGGAGAGGGGCAUAUUAAAUUGUCAAAAUUUGGCCUUUAUCAUAUGACUGCUUAUGGUGUAGAUGUUGAUUUUCCUAUAGGGUACCCAUCAUACUUGGCCCCUGAAGUAAUUGCACAAGGAAUUAUUAAAUGCAAUGAUCACAUGCAGAUUGAAAAGGCCCUACGUUCUGGUCCUAAAUCAGAUGUGUGGUCUCUUGGUAUUAUAUUAUUUGAACUUUGUAUGGGCAGAAAGCUGUUCCAGAGUUUGGAUGUAGCUGAAAGACUAAAACUGAUACUUAAUCUUGGGUGUGUUGAUGACAUCAUAACAGUGCUAGCUGAGGAACAUGGAUGCUUGGAGAUUCUGAAGGAAGUUCCUGAAAAUAUUUUAGCUCUACUUAAGAAAUGUCUUACAUUCCAACCUUCCAAACGGCCUACUCCUGGAAAACUAUUGAAUGAUUCAGUGUUCAGUGAAAUCUCAUCUUUAUAUCCAACCUUCCAUACACCUGUCAGUUUUUUCUCCUCUAAUCUAAGAUGUGCUAAUUUAUCUCUUCCUGAGGAUAUUAACGAAUUAUUUAAAGAGGAAAGUUCUGAUUAUCUAGCAGAAAGGACAAUUGAAGAAGUUUAUUAUCUUUGGUGCUUGGCUGGAGGUGACUUGGAGAAAGAGCUUGUCAACAAGGAUAUCAUUCAUUCCAAGCCUCCCAUCUGCACACUUCCUAUUUUUUUGUUUGAAGAUGGGGAGAGCUUUGGACAAGGGCGUGAUAGAAGUUUCCUUUUGGAUGAUACAACUGUGACGCUAUCACUGUGUCAGCUCAGGAAUAGAUUGAAAGAUGUUGAUGGAGAAGCAUUUUAUCCAUUGCUUGAAGAUGACCAAUCAAAUAUACCUCAUUCAAAUAGUAACAAUGAAUUAUCUGCUGCUGCCAAACUUCCUCUUAUUAUUCGAGAGCGGGAUACUGAAUAUCAACUAAAUAGGAUUGUCCUAUUUGACAGACUACUGAAGGCCUAUCCAUAUAAAAAAAAUCAAAUUUGGAAAGAAGCCAGAGUUGACAUUCCCCCUCUUAUGAGAGGUUUAGCUUGGGCAGCGUUACUUGGAGUAGAGGGAGAUAUUCAAGCAAAAUAUGAUGCUAUUGAUAAGGACACUCCUAUUCCUACAGAUAGACAGAUUGAAGUUGACAUCCCUCGCUGUCAUCAGUAUGAUGAACUGCUGUCAUCACCAGAAGGCCAUGCAAAAUUUAGGCGGGUUUUGAAAGCCUGGGUAGUUUCUCAUCCUGAUCUUGUAUACUGGCAAGGUCUUGAUUCCCUUUGUGCACCUUUCCUGUAUCUAAAUUUCAACAAUGAAGCUUUGGCCUAUUCCUGCAUGUCUGCUUUUAUUCCAAAAUAUCUCUACAAUUUCUUUCUAAAGGAUAAUUCUCAUGUUAUUCAAGAAUAUCUUACAGUAUUUUCCCAAAUGAUUGCAUUCCAUGAUCCUGAACUGAGUAACCACCUCAAUGAAAUAGGUUUCAUCCCAGAUCUAUAUGCUAUUCCUUGGUUUCUCACAAUGUUUACACAUGUCUUUCCUUUGCACAAAAUCUUUCAUCUGUGGGAUACAUUACUACUGGGAAACUCUUCCUUCCCAUUCUGUAUUGGAGUAGCUAUUCUACAGCAACUGAGGGAUCGUCUUCUCUCCAAUGGAUUCAACGAGUGCAUUUUGCUGUUUUCUGAUUUACCAGAAAUCGAUAUUGAACGGUGUGUCCAUGAAUCAAUUAACCUUUUCUGCUGGACUCCCAAGAGUGCCACAUAUAGACAAUAUGCACAACAUCCCAAACAAACCAGUGAAGGCAACUCUACAAGAAAUCUAAUAUAUUGUUUCUCAUCAGACUAUCAGGAUGCAUCCAGGAGUGACCUGUCUAGGGAUUCUAUCAAAUUAAAUGAUCUGAAAUCUGAAGUGUCACCACGGAUCUCAGCUGAAGAUUUGAUUGACCUCUGUGACCUGACAGGACCUGGCCAUUCUAAAACACCACCAAAGAAGACAAAGUCUAGCAAACCAAAGUUGCUUAUUGUUGACAUUCGGAACAGUGAGGAUUUUAACCGUGGACAUAUACCAGGAAGUAUCAAUAUCCCAUUUGGAUCAGCAUUCACUGCUGAAGGAGAAUUUAUCCAGUGCCCUGCUACUUCCACACUUCAGAGCUUUAAAGGGAGAGUUGUGGUGAUUGUAGGACAUGUGCCAAAAAAUGCAGCACAGUUCGCAGCUCAUCUGGUGAAAAUAAAAUAUCCAAGAAUUUGCAUUUUGGAUGGUGGUAUAAACAAAAUCAAGCCAACAGGUCUUCUAACAGUUCCUUCUCCACAAAUAUGAUCAGAAAGCUUCAAGUGUCUCCCAGCUCUAUGGGGAAAAAAAACUCUUAAGAGUACAACAUUUUAAUUCUGCUCAUGCCCCAAAUAUUGUGUCUGUUUACAGUGGUUUUUCAGUUGAGUGGGGUUUUUUUAAUUUAACAUUUUUUACAGAACUUAGCUGGAAGAAGCUAUAAAGCACGAGUCUCAAACUCGAUCACGUCACGUGAUGUAUCGUGAUGUUUUUUGCCUUUGCGGAGCGGGAUGGGCGUGGCCUGUGUGUGAUGCCUCUGGCCCGCGGGCCGCCAGUUUGACACUCCUGCUAUAAAACAUUAAAAUGAUGUAAUUCUAAGAAAUCUUCAAUUAUUUGAGUUUUGUCCAUCCAGCAAGAGAGAAAAAAUAGCAAUUGUAUAUAUAUAAAAUCUGCACUUAUUAACUGAAAUUAUGAGUUUGAAAUUACAUGAAUGAAUAUCAUUUGAGUGACUGAUACAUUUAAGAUAUAAUUAUUUCAGUUCAAGAAUUAAUUUGUUUGACUUAAUAGUUUAUCAGGACCAUGGAAUAUUUAAAAUCAAGUAAGGGAAAAAAA